UAGAGAAAUUUGCAUGCAAAAAUUUCACUCUGGGUUUGUUUCUUUUCAGACCUGUGUGUGGAAUCAGAGGGAAAACUCUCAUAAUUAAUCUGCCAGGUAGCAAGAAAGGGUCACAGGAAUGCUUUCAGUUUAUACUGCCAGCCCUACCUCACGCCAUUGAUCUUUUGCGGGAUGCCAUUGUAAAAGUAAAGGAGGUACACGAUGAGCUUGAAGAUCUACCUUCACCACCACCUCCUCUUUCUCCUCCUCCAACCACCAGCCCUCACAAGCAAACAGAAGACAAGGGAGUACAGUGUGAGGAAGAGGAGGAAGAGAAGAAGGAUAGUGGAGUUGCCUCAACAGAGGACAGUUCUUCUUCACAUAUAACAGCAGCAGCCAUUGCAGCUAAGAAGCAUCCAUCCUACACCAGUUCAGCUGUUAUCAUGGCAAAAGGUGAACAGCCCAUCCCUGGUCUCAUCAGUUAUUGCCAUCACGCAGCAGGCAGUGCAGGAGAACCGAUUCCAGAUUCCAUCAUCUCUCGUGGUGUUCAGGUGCUCCCACGUGAUACAGCUUCCCUCAGUACUACUCCUUCAGAAUCUCCUCGUGCCCAGGCCACCUCUCGUCUCUCCACUGCAUCCUGCCCAACACCAAAAGUCCAGUCUAGGUGCAGCAGCAAGGAGAACAUCCUCAGAGCAAGUCACAGUGCUGUUGACAUUACCAAGGUAGCAAGAAGACACCGCAUGUCUCCAUUCCCAUUGACAUCUAUGGACAAGGCUUUCAUCACAGUUCUGGAGAUGACCCCAGUGCUUGGAACAGAAAUCAUCAAUUAUAGAGAUGGAAUGGGCCGAGUCCUUGCUCAAGACGUAUAUGCAAAAGAUAAUCUACCACCAUUUCCAGCAUCAGUAAAAGACGGCUACGCUGUCAGAGCUGCUGAUGGCCCAGGAGAUCGAUUCAUCAUAGGGGAAUCCCAGGCUGGUGAGCAGCCAACUCAGACUGUGAUGCCUGGUCAGGUAAUGCGAGUUACAACCGGUGCUCCAAUUCCAUGUGGUGCUGAUGCAGUGGUGCAAGUGGAAGAUACAGAGCUCAUCAGGGAAUCAGAUGAUGGCACUGAAGAACUAGAGGUUCGAAUCCUGGUGCAGGCUCGACCAGGCCAAGAUAUCAGACCUAUAGGACAUGACAUUAAAAGAGGUGAAUGUGUGCUGGCUAAAGGAACCCACAUGGGUCCGUCUGAGAUUGGUCUCUUAGCAACUGUUGGAGUAACCGAAGUAGAAGUUAACAAGUUUCCAGUGGUUGCAGUCAUGUCAACAGGGAAUGAGCUAUUGAAUCCUGAAGAUGACCUCUUGCCAGGAAAGAUUCGGGACAGUAACCGUUCAACUCUCCUAGCUACGAUCCAAGAACAUGGGUAUCCAACAAUCAACUUAGGAAUUGUGGGAGAUAACCCAGAUGAUUUACUGAAUGCACUGAAUGAGGGUAUCAGCCGUGCUGAUGUGAUCAUUACAUCAGGAGGUGUAUCUAUGGGGGAAAAGGACUAUCUUAAACAGGUGCUGGAUAUUGAUCUUCAUGCACAGAUUCACUUUGGCAGAGUUUUUAUGAAACCAGGCCUGCCAACAACUUUUGCAACUCUGGAUAUUGAUGGCGUAAGAAAAAUAAUCUUUGCGCUCCCAGGCAACCCUGUGUCAGCUGUUGUCACCUGCAAUCUCUUUGUUGUUCCCGCACUGAGGAAAAUGCAGGGUAUCCUCGAUCCUCGGCCCACCAUCAUCAAAGCCAGGUUAUCAUGUGAUGUAAAAUUGGACCCCCGCCCAGAAUAUCAUCGGUGCAUACUGACUUGGCAUCACCAAGAACCACUACCUUGGGCACAGAGUACAGGGAAUCAGAUGAGCAGUCGUCUGAUGAGUAUGCGCAGUGCCAAUGGACUGUUGAUGCUACCUCCAAAGACAGAGCAGUAUGUGGAGCUUCACAAGGGGGAGGUGGUGGAUGUCAUGGUCAUUGGAAGGCUAUGAUGUCACCAGCAAGAGCAAAGCUUUGAUGCAUGUCCACAUAUCAUUGACUGUAUCCUGUAAUAUGCAACGGCACAGCUAGUUUUUCUGAUUUGGAUAAAAGUUGAUCAGUAUAGUCAACAUCUUGAAUUAUAUUUCAAAUGGAAUUUAAAUAAAUACCUUUUAAAAAAAACCUUUAAAACAAAUCUUAACAAAGAAAUUUAUUCUGAUUAUAUCAAAGCAACUUUUUCCUUUCCUUGCAAUUGCUUUGUGUGUUCAAUGCUAGUUCUAAUAGCGGUAGCUUUUAGUAGACAGCAGUAGGUGCCUGCAGAACUUGUGUUUUUUCUCAUCUUUAAGAUACAACUACUUAUGCUCUUAAAACAAGGCUGUCUGCUUAUUUAUACUAGCGUAGACAACACUUGGAUUUCCCUUAUUAGUGUGCUUCAUAAACGCUUCACAGAGAGCUUCUGCUUGUUCUUUAUCUUGUAUCUCGUGUUGAUGUGCACAGUGCCAAAAGCAGAGUGGCUGCACUGGGAACCCAAUGAAGCCCCGAGGUUUUCUCACCUCGCUGCGCAUUCAGGGAUCUCUCUUGUCCCGGCAGCCACCCAGCUGAGUACUCUUGGGCAGUAACUGGAUACCUUUUAUUUCACAAACAAGAAAAUUGCUUCCUUAAGUGCUGACAGCCUUUUUAACCAAUACAUUUAAAAAUGUACAGAACUAAAAACUAAAAAAAAUCAAAGACUGAUCUUGUACAGAUAUUAGUGUUACCAGCAUUCGUGUGGAAAUUAAAUGAGCAAAGAAAUAAAACUAAUGUUAAACAACUCUGUACCAUAACAUUUUCUGUAAUGAUAUUGAAACUUAAAUGAAUAAAAAAAAUCCUCAAUCAUUAUUUAAAA